CUUCCCCACCAAGAACACCAUUUGGUUUCCCCCGACUGGGUCUCUAUUUAGGUGCGCUUCCCGAACUUCCAGUGUCUGGCCAGCUUCUGGUCACUGAUUUUCCUCAGAUGGGCAGCAAUGACAGCAAAUGUACUCAUGACAAGAAGUUUUAAUACUACAGAUCCUAAAACCCAGGAAGGCAGGCACCCACUACCCCCACUCCUGUAACAGAGAAAAGAAAAUUCCCACUUUGUAAUUGCAUCCGGUCGUCGGGAAGCUCUAGUUUUGUGGGGAGAGGGCUGCAUCCAACCCUUCCUAAAUCAUCACCCAGAGGCGCCCGCUGACUGACAGGGACGGUCUUCCUGGCUGGCAGAGGAUGCAGGGGAGUAAGAAGUGCACGGACGCCUUCAGCGACUCCUCGAGCAUUGGCAGCGUGCUGGACGAUGCAGACAGGGAGGUGAGCAGCCUCACGGACCGGGCGUUCCGGAGCCUGUGCAUCUCAGAGGACGCAUCCUUCCAUGACUCCGACCUGGCCCUGUCCCCAGAUAUCACCUGCCAGGUGUUCGGGAAUUUUCACCAGAGAACGGUGAGCCAUACCCAUAGGAAAAGCGGCAUUUGGAGCCAGUUACCAUCCCAAGGCACGGAGCAUGCCGGCUGGGCGGCCACGUUCCAACAGCUGCCCAAGUACGUUCAAGGGGAGGAGAAGUAUCCCAAGAGCAGCCCCCCACUGACACCGGCCCAGAGGAGACUGGAAGUGCCAGUUUCCGGCCUGAGGAACAGCAACAAGCCUGUUUCCAAAGUGUCGUCACUGAUUAAAUCUUUUGACAGGACUGAAAGCCAACGUUGUGACAGCAGGCCUCCUACCAGCAAGCCUCCAGCUCUCAAAAAUCCUUCCAAAUUUGCUCCUCUUCCAGAAAGCGGUGUCAACUUCUGCUUCGAUUCUGCCUUUUUGACGGUCAGGAGGGUGCCUGCUGAAGUCUCCAGCACCCAUAAGACUAGCCACCAGCCUGGCAGGAAGCACGGAGAGCAGGAGUCCCCCAAGAAUCCUGAAAUGGCCUGUCAUGGCCCCAACAGCUUCCUCCCAACGCCCGAAAACGCAGCCAACUCCUUUGAGUCAAAGUUCCCCUCUCCGGCCCACAAGGCAGCCACCAGCGAGACUGGAAGGGGCCAGGAGUGGGCUCGCAAAGGGACCUUUCUUCAUAGUGAAAACAGCGCUUUUGAGUCAUGGAACGCCCACCAACCCAGGCUGCCCGAGAGGAAGGAUGCUGCUGACACUGUCGUAGAAAGCAAGGCUCCCAAGCAUUGCGAGGACACGCCCUUGUUAAGAGAGCCCCCGGCCUCUGAGCCCAAAGCCUCCCCCUGCCACAUCCGGGCCGGCUGCGGUCAGGAAGAGAACAGGCUGGCCGCAGGGACUCUCUCCACAUCUGGAACCUGGGGAUCUAGGGAUCUGGGAGCCCAGGUAUUGGCUACGGAGGGAAAAGCUUCCAGCUCACAGCCUGAGCCUCCGUUGAAACCGACCCAUGCCCCCUGGAGGAAACCAAAGUCUGGCAAGGGAGGUAAAGAAAGUCUACAAGAGGCUUCAGAAGAGAAGAAGCAGACCAACUGGAGAGGCCCAGCCUUGUAUACAAAGCACAAUCCCCAGGGGCAAUUUCCAGAAAAGGAUGCUCUUGACAUGCCUGUGGACCCCCGUGAGCAUUACGAUCCUCCUUUCAACAUCAGCAAGCUUCUGACCCCUGUCAUACCCAACAAGCAUGUGCUGGAGUCAUCCAACAGCCAGCCGGCAGAGAAAACCCCAUCACCCACAGGACAGCUAAAUGGAUACCAAGAGAAGGAGCCCAGUGAAUGUCAGUCCCGGGACAGUUACAAAUCCAAAGCCCCCAGCCUGCUGUUCAACCUCAAAGAUGUGCGGAAGCGUGUGAAGAGCACGUACAGUCCCUCGCCUCUCUUGAAAGGCCCCGAUGAGAAAACCAGAGGCAAGCAAGAAUCCCUGAGCAACGGCGGCCUCCUUCCCAACGGGCUCGAGGAAGGCCCUCCAGACGAGCUUUCUAAGGAGACACCAGCUGAUGCCCCUCCCGUGUCACUCGUCAGUACCCAGAAGGACCCCCAAGCUGACCCCGGUGCAGCCUCUGCAGACAACUACCUAGCUCUCACCUCACCAUCACCUAACACCAAAGCCCCCUUCUGUGUCAACGGCGAGGCCACCGACAGGAACAGCUAUGAGAAUGACGAUGCCAAUGGAGAAUCGGAGAUGGGUGGUGCCAGGCCCAGCUGGCGUCCAGACUCCAGGGAACACUGCCCCAGGAAACAUCUGUCCCUGAAGCUUUGCAGUGGAGACCCUGAGGCAGGGAAGACUGCGGAGACCCCAAAGACCUCCGGCCUAGAGAAUGGAUUCUUGAGAUCCGUCUCUCAAGAUACAGAACCCGAGAGAGAGGCAAGACUUCAGAAUCCAAACUUCAACCAGAAAUUCUCCCCAGGGCCCCUUUCUCCCGAGGAGGAAGAUGUGUUUUACAGUGACAGCCAGUCUGAUUUUAUGCCAGGCCUCAAAGGUAAGGCCAAAUUCAGCACCAGCUCUUCAGAUCAGUCCUUUGCCUCGUUCGAAGAUCAGCAGAAGACGUGGCUCGCCGAGAGCCAGCAGGAAGACGGGAGGAAUGACGUGAGUGUAGGUAACAGUCAGAAGGAUGAGAAGGAGAAAGUGAUGGAGGAAGAUGAACUACGAGACCGCACCUUGAGGAAUGGGCACGCAUGCGUGGAGGAGCACAGCAAGCAGGAAUCCUUGCAAGGAGAAGAGGAAAGUUUGCCAGAAGGUAGCCCCGGGAAGGCGUCGAGGGAGGGAGCUAAUUUCAGAGGCACUGGCACUGGGGGAAGUAAGGAUACAGCUCUUUCACAUGCCAAAGACCUAACCCCUUCACCAUGUUCCACUUCAAACAAGCACAUACUCUUUGCAAUUAAAGACAACACCCUCAAG